GCCUGCAAGUCAGCGCUCAGGGCGAAGGUUCUGCCCGCUGUGGGUUUAGCAGCGAGUUUAUUUGUGACAGCUCGUCAGAAAGCGGUGAAAACCGCUUCGUCCGUGUCCGUGGGUCAGUCCUCCUUACUGCCGAAGUGACCCACAGCUGGAGCGAAACGACCUGCGGAGCUUCGUUCCUCCACCUGCUGCCCGAAAGGAGCAACCAGUUGUCAGGGGAUGGCAGGCCGGCUGCAGCGCCCCCUGGUGGCGGUGGCCUGCCUGUUUCUGUGCUGCCUGGUUGGGGUGCGGUGCGGCCCGGACCCCAGGCUGCGGAAGGAGCUGAUGGAGCUGGAGGAGUCCAUGCAGACGGGCGGCGGGAUGGUGCUGACGGAGGCCGAGCAGCGGCUGGACGCUCUGCUGGCCAAACUGAAGCAGGACGAGAUGUCCAGGAAAGACUUUCCUCCCUCCAUGCACUUCUUCACGGCCCGGCGCCUCAUCCAGGCGAGUCCCCUCUUCAGGCUGCUGCAGAAGAUGCCAAAAGGCGGCGUCCUUCACGUCCAUGACUUCGCCAUGGUGGACGUGGAGUGGCUGGUGAAGAACGCCACGUAUCGCCCGCACUGCUACAUGUGCUUCACCGACAGCGCGUCCGUCCGCUUCGUCUUCGCGUCACAGGGGCCCAAACCUCUGGAGCGCUGCUCCGCCUGGGUCCUGCUGGAGAGCCUCCGCUCCGAGGCGGGCAACGCAACCGACCUGGACAACAGCAUCAGAGGUAACCUGACGCUGUUUAUGGACCGGGAUCCAGAGAAAGAGUUCCCCAGCCAGGAUGUGGUCUGGAACCGCUUUGAGGCGGCCUUUGGGGCCUUGUGGGGGCUGGUGACCUUUGCCCCCGUCUUCAGGGAUUACUACAUCGAGGCUCUGAACCAAUUCUACGCAGACAAUGUCAUGUACCUGGAGCUGCGUGCGCUCCUGCCUCAGCUGUACGAGCUGGACGGCAGCAGCCACGACCGGGCCUGGACCCUGCAGGCCUACCAGGACCUCACCAAGCAGUUCGUCUCCACUCACCCAGACUUCUACGGAGCCAGAAUCAUCUUCACCAACCACAGGCACGCUAAACUGUCGGUGGUAGCUGCAGCUGUGAAGGAGGCGAUGCACCUGAAGAAGGACUUUCCCGACUUCCUGGCCGGUUUUGACCUGGUGGGCCGGGAGGACCAAGGCCGGACGCUGUGGUACUUCAGGGAUGCCUUGACGCUGCCUGCAGAGAAAGGCGUCGCGCUGCCGUACUUCUUCCACGCCGGAGAGACGGACGUUGAGGGAACUGAAGUGGACCAGAACCUGCUGGACGCUCUGCUGCUCAACACGUCGCGUAUCGGCCACGGGUUUGCACUGCAGCGCCACCCAGUGGCCAAAGAUCUGUCCAGGAAGAGGGGCGUAGCUGUGGAGGUGUGCCCCAUCUCCAACCAGGUGCUGAAGCUGGUUAAGGAUCUGCGGAAUCACCCCGCCGCCGCUCUGAUGAUGGAGAAUCACCCGCUGGUCAUCAGCUCCGACGACCCGGCCAUGUUCGGCUCCUGCGCGCUCUCCUUCGACUUCUACGAGGCGUUUGUGGGUUUCGGCGGUUUGAAGUCCCACAUCGGCUCCCUGAAGCAGCUGGCCGUGAACUCCAUCAGGUUCAGCUCUUUGACUGCGAAGCAGCAGGAAGAGGCGCUGGUUCUGUGGCAGAGAAGAUGGAGCGAGUUCGUGGCUGAAAACUGAAGAGCGAGAACGUUUUUCUGUCACAUUGAACUUUUUCCAGUUGUGCCACUGAAACCGAUGAUCCUCGACACAUUCAUCCUUUUUAUCGUUACAGAAAUAAACCCAAAUAGCUGCUGCUUCGUUUAAAUCAGGGGAAACAUUGAUUAUUUUCAAUAGAAAAUGUGAAACUAUUGAUUAUCUGAUUCCUGGAUUGGCACAAGUGCUGCAGCUAAUGAUUAUUUAGGGGACAAACAAUUAUUCUGAUCAAUUAGGUCUGAGAAUCUCUUGUCAAAAACAAAUUUUCCAGUUAAUAGAAAUAAAUGCUAAUGUUAUUUUGAAACCAUUUUCAACUAUCAGAGUAAUAAUGGCAUGUUAAUGCAAGUGCAGCCUCUCAAAUGUAAGAAAAACUAACAUUUCUUAACAUUUAACACAGAAACUUUUAAAUAUCAAAAUAAACAAAUGAAAAAGAAAUAAAAUGGAUUAUGGGUCAAAAUUGGAUUUCAAAAACUAAUCAUUUUGUGUCAUGUCUGUGUGUUUCGCCUUUAAAAAUAGUUUUUAAACCUCAGAAAUUUCUUAUAGUGGUAAAGUUUAAAAACUAAAUACAAAUUGUAAUGAAAUUAGCAGUUUCAGGAAACACUUUUGUUAAAAGAAAAAAGCAAAGCAUAGAUUUUGUACGGGGUGAAUCUUUAAUGAUUGAUUUCUCAUGCUGUGAGUGUUGUAGGGUAUAAUGCGCAUUUAAUGUUAUUAAUAUGAAAUCCAAAAUUUUGAGAGUUUAUUUACAGAUUGUGCCUCGAUUAGUUUUGUCUGUUUACUGAUCGUGUCUCGAUUGGUCUGGUCUGACUCGGGGUAGUGGAACGCGUUACUUCUGUUCCUCCAUUACAACACUGGAAGUGAAAGAAGUAACGUCGUGUCCGUGUCUGUUUCCCGUGUCUGUCUUCACCAUUCCCUUAUACAGGGUCAACAUGAGCUGAUUGGUUGCAGCCGCUGCUGAUUUCUCCUUUAACCUCUUCAGUAUUCGGGUUUUUCCGCUUCGGUCAUGAAUGAUUAUUGUUGGAGUAUCAGACGUUAUUCUGGCUUUUCCAAAGAUUCAUGAAUAAUCAGAGGAACUCUGGAAAGCUGAAUCACUAGAACAUUUUUUCUCCAUCUGAUGUUUGAAGAACAAAUUAAAAACUAUAAAUAUC